CAACAAUCAACAACACUCCCUCUCAUCGCUCGCUCGCACCCACCCAGCCCCAUCGUGCAUAGACAUGUCCAGCACGCCAGGCGGCACACUCGACGUCGUGCUGGAGACGCCAGGCGCUGGACCCUCUCGGCCAACACAGACCUCGUCACCACGCCCUCCGCUCCCCGACCCGAUCCUCAACGAGGAGGACGAGGACGCCGACCGUGAAGAAUUCCUCCGACGACAAAAGGAAUACGUCGACCUCGAGCGCUCGGUCGAUGAGAGCGCCGAGCUCCUCACGUCCUUGGCGUCGUAUCUGACCACGUUCCAGGACAAUCUGUCUGAUGUCUCGGGCCAGAUCUCGGAUCUGCAGGCUAGGAGUGACGAGAUUGAGCGCCAGCUCAAGGGCCGGAGGGUCAUCCUCCCGCCAUUGAAUGCGCUCCUCUCUGACCUCAUCAUCCCACCGUCACUGGUGCUCACGCUGCGCGACACAGAGCCAGCGCAGAACCCCCAGCUGUGGCUGCAGGCGAUCGCCGAGCUCGAGGACAAGAUGGUGGCUGUCAAGAGCCGAGGGGUCAAAGUCAAGGCUGCACGCGAGCUCGAGGGCAUCAUCGAGGCGUUGGCGCUCAAGGCCAUCCACCAGCUGCCGCCGUUCUUACUCACGCUCAUCCGGCCGCUGCGCUCGGCAUCCAAGGGCCUGAGCACCAACCUGGCCGUCAUGCAGACGUCUCUGUUGCUCAAGUACCAACCGUUCUACGCCUUCCUGCUCCGCCAGAGCCCGCGCCACGCCAAGCAGGUCGAGCGCGGCUACGUCAACGCCGCGCGCGCAUACUACGAGACUGGUCUGCGACGGUAUGCCCGUGCGCUGGGCCAGAUCCGCCUGCGGACGCCCGACAAGCCCGAGCUCAUCGCUGUCCCGUCGUCAGAGGAGGUCGCCGCGGCGGCAGCCGCAGGAGGCAAGACACCACCAGGCGUCAAAGCCGCGUACGAGCGGCUGCGGUUCGCUGACCUCGACGUUGAGGGACAAGCAGGCGCGGUCAUCCUUGCGUAUCAGGCAGAUGACAAGGAGAUGACUGCGCCCGCCGAAGCACUGUUCCGUUUCCUCGGCCUGGUGCUUCUCGACAACGCGUCAGCCGAAUUCACCUUCAUCGUGCGGUUCUUCGCCCGUGCAGGGCUCAGCCAGCCCGCCCCACCACCACGGGCGUUGGCGCUGUCGGGCGCGAGCACACCUGUCGAGUCGCCACCUCUGCGUGCCGUGUCCGAGGCUGGGAGGUCACGCGUGGGCGGCGGGACACGGCGCCAGGGUGUCGCGACGCCCGACCCCACCGAGAGCCUCAAGGAUGCCGAGCGUAUCUGGACCGAGGUGUUUGGGUCGGCGCUCGAAUCGUGCACAUCCUUCUUCAAUGGCCUGGUCGCGCCGACGCCCUUGCCUGCGAUUCCUCUCCUCACCGUCAUCCGGCUCAACGACCACCUGAUCGCCACGGCCGAGUCGCGCGGAGCCCUGCCUCUCAUCUCGUACCUCACUGGAUGGAAGCUGCAGCUCUGGCCCGUUUACCGCAAGGCGAUGGACGCGCACAUUGAGUCGCUCAAGCGCCUCGCGGACGAAGCAGACGCCAAGGGCCUGGCGAGCUACAUGAGCAAGGGCGUCAAGGACGCCACGGUGCAUGCCGUCGCCCUGCGGUAUGCUGCGCUGUUCGGCUGUGUCUCUGCCCUGUCUGACGAGGCUGACGAGGCCAUGAUCUUCUCGAGCAUGACGCGUCUGCGCACAGAGCUCGUGCGGCUGAUUCAGGUGCAGUCCAACAAGAUCAAGGACGCACAGCAGCGACAGUCCUUCACGUCGUCACUGUACGAGCUGGUUGUCCGCGAGCUCAUCGCUGGCCCGGGCCCACCCACCCAUCCACGUCUCCAGGCCGAGCUGUCCUUUUUCCGCACGCGCGAGGAAGAGGCGCGCAGACGCGCAACGCCACAACAGUAGACAGGCGCCAGAGACCCCCAUCAAUCCACAGCAGUAGCAACAACACCCCAACCCACCCUCCAGCUCCACAGACCACCACAACAGGGGUCUCGCCACAACCCAUCAUUUAGUUGC